AAGCUAAACAUGGCAUUGCUCAGGUUUGGCUCGAAAUCUUUUUACCCCUGAUCAGACUCGGCUUGAGCUUGAGAGUUUAUUGAGACUAAUUGUUCAAGCUCCCUGUUCGAUUCGUUUAGCGGCCCUAAUGAAAGUGUUUCUCUCAAUUGUCGGCCAGAAUGCCAACGACGUCGUUUGAGGAAGUUCGUUAGAACAGCACACCAAUUAGACCCACGCACCGAUUCCCGAGAAAACUUCCCGUCGUACAGGAAUUGUUUAAUUCUCCUUUUCGUGGUGAAAAAGAAAGCAAUAAAUUCUUUAUUCAGAUUCACAGAUCAGCCAGCGGCGAGAAAUCAUUGCUCUCCGAUACUCUCCUCGAAUCUCACUUUUUCGCAAAAAAAAAAAAAAAGAGUUUGCUUUCUCCUCGCCCACGAGUCCAGAUCAGUUCGCUUCAACAAGGUUUGAGGAAGCACCGUAUCAAGGAAUUAAUAGAUGGACGAUGCAUCAGAAGAUCUUUGUGACGGAAUUGGAGAGGGAAGCCCUUCGACAUCGGGUGGCUCGUCGUACAGAUUGUUCGGUGGACAGACGACGGUUCAUCAGAUGAUGGGCGGUGGUAGAGCUGCUGAUGUCAUACUGUGGAAGCGGCGGCAUGUUUCAUUUGGCAUCAUUGUUGUUGCUACUGUUGCAUGGCUCCUUUUCGAGCGGUCAGGGGUAUCAUUGUUGUCAAUUUGUUCUGACGUCUUGUUAAUCUUGGUUGUACUGCUAUUUAUUCGGGCCAACUACGCUGCUUCCAAAAAUAAACAACCCCAGACGUUGCCUGAACUUGUCUUGUCAGAAGAAAUGGUCAAUAAUGCUGCUGCAUCAUUUCGUGUCAAAAUCAAUUAUGCGCUGCUUGUGGCUCAUGAUAUAACUCUUGGCAAAGACUUCAGACUUUUCUUCAAGGUGGUGAUCUGUCUAUGGCUCUUGUCCGCAAUUGGCAGCGUGCUCUCUUUCUUUACACUUGCAUAUAUAGGAACUAUUCUGUCGAUUACAAUUCCUGCCCUAUACAAUAGAUAUCAAGACCAUAUUGAUCGGUUUGCUGGUCUAAUCCACCAACAGAUGUCGCAUCACUAUAAAAUAGUGGACGAGAAUGUUAUUAGCCGAAUACCACGGAGUUUGUCCAAAGACAAAGAUUCAUGAACGUUCCUCAUGCAGAUGAAUUACAUGAGCGCGGACCAUUUCUUCAGUGGAUUUAAGCUUUCUAACUUGUUCUUUUCAUUCUGAAAAGUGAGAAGCCCAGCUUCUUUUGUCCGUGUUCGAGCCAAAUUUGUUAUGUCUGGUCUUGAUGCAUUGAAGUUAAGAGUAGGUGCUUGAAUUUCGUGAAAUUUGUUAGUGAAGCCACAUUCAAUUCAGGCAAAAGCUCACUUUCGUUUUGCUUUACAA